AUGUUAACCUAUACCACUGAAGUUUCUGGAGAACGUGAAGAAACAUCUUUAAAGUGGGCCAAAUUACUUUCCGUGCAUGAUUCAUUCAUGCAUGAACUUUCUCAGGAAGUAAUUACUAUCGGAUCAUCUGAAGAAUGUCUGAUUGUUAUAAAACAUGAAGAAGUUUCAAAUCCACAUUGCCUUUUGAUAAAAGAUCCAGACGAUGUCAUAUGGUUGUACGAUUGUAGCAAGACUGGGACACGUUGUAAUGAUGGCAAGUGGCUACAGCAAGAUUGUGUCACGCUUCACACUGGUGAUUAUUUCUACCUUUUAUGGGAUGAAGUAGAUGUGACUAAGCGAGUUGGAUUUUGCGUUCUUUUUGUUGAUGAUUUUAAACUUUUGGCUUCCUCUGGUGAGUCUGAUAAGAACAAAACUACGGAACUACCGUUACAAUCAUCAUCAUCACAGUUAAUGAAGCCAUCAACAUCAAAUGAUGAUACUGAUUUAGAAAAUUGCUUAACAUGUGUUAUUUGUGGAGAUAUCUAUUUUGAGUGUUGUAGUGUUCAACCAUGUUUACACAGUUUCUGCACACUCUGUUGGUUGAGAUGGAAAAGACAUGAAUGUCCAAUGUGUCGUAAAUCAGUGUCAGCUUAUGCUAAAAAUCACCAAUUAAAUAAUUUAGUUGAUGUAUUCCUUCGUAAACAUCCAGAGAAGUUAAAAUCUGAAUCCGAACAAAAUGAUAUAAAACAAGAAAUUGCGAGAUUAACACGCCUUCCAAAUCACACUCGUAGAUACAAUAGUCGAACUAGAAGAAAUAGAGAGAGAAUUACUCUUACUGGUGGUGACUAUGGUUUACUGAGUAGUUCUUCUGGCAUUUUUCCUGUUGUUCCGACUAUCACUACCACCGCAACAACUCGCAGUGUUUCUACUGGUCCGAUAAUUAUGCCCACUUUACCUAUGAGUGCUGGUUGUGUUAUAUGUUCAUGGUUACCACCAUCGUAUGACCGUCGUGGCAAUAGUGUGACAAGUAUUAGUGGCAUUACUCUGGGUGACCGUGGUCCAAGAAUUGAAGAAUGUUCAGCGCAUUGUUAUUGUACAUGUUGUAAUAGACCAAUGCCGAGUCGAACAACAACAACAACAAUUCCACAACUACAUAGUAUAAAUCGAACAGAAUGUGAAGUGUGCCGGCGUACAUUUUGUUCUUUAAUCAAUCCAUAUGGAUGUUCAACAUGUGAUGGUUAUUGUUUAUCUCGUGUACAAGAUUUGACUAGAUACAAUUCAAUACCUCGUAAUUUAUUAUUGAAUAAUCGUAUAGAGACAAGAAUUCUUGAUGAUUAUCUUACAUCUCAGGGUAUAUCAAUACCAACAUUUAUCAAUCAUUGUUUAACAUUUUAUAUUAAUACAACAUCAAUUUAUUCAUUAUGUUUAUUAGAUAGAAAUUCAUUAAUUUGUAAAAAUUGUAGUGAACGUUUACUUAGUCAAUUAGCUUAUCAAUAUCGUUUAUCUAUAUGUCCAAAUGAAUUACCAACUAAUGUAAUUAUUAAACCAAAUUGUUAUUAUGGACAAUAUUGUCGUUAUCAAAGUUAUAAUUAUAAUCAUGCUAGACGUUUUAAUCAUAUUUGUGAAAGAUCAAUUUAA